AUGGUGGUUGGGGAUGAUACCCAGCCUGCCCAGGAGCUGGGAUUCAACUCAGUCAUGCCCCCUCAGCCUGCCUGUCAUGCCCCCUCAGCCUGCCUGUCAUGCCCCCUCAGCCUGCCUGUCAUGCCCCCUCAGCCUGCCUGUCAUGCCCCAUCAGCCUGCCUGUCAUGCCCCCCAGCCUGCCUGUCAUGCCCCCCCAGCCUGCCUGUCAUGCCCCCCAGCCUGCCUGUCAUGCCCCCCAGCCUGCCUGUCAUGCCCCCUCAGCCUGCCUGUCAUGCCCCCUCAGCCUGCCUGUCAUGCCCCCUCAGCCUGCCUGUCAUGCCCCCUCAGCCUGCCUGUCAUGCCCCCUCAGCCUGCCUGUCAUGCCCCCCUCUGCCUGCCUGUCAUGCCCCCAGCCUGCCUGUCAUGCCCCCUCAGCCUGCCUGUCAUGCCCCCUCUGCCUGCCUGUCAUGCCCCCUCAGCCUGCCUGUCAUGCCCCCUCAGCCUGCCUGUCAUGCCCCCCUCUGCCUGCCUGUCAUGCCCCCCAGCCUGCCUGUCAUGCCCCAUCAGCCUGCCUGUCAUGCCCCCUCAGCCUGCCUGUCAUGCCCCCUCUGCCUGCCUGUCAUGCCCCAUCAGCCUGCCUGUCAUGCCCCCCAGCCUGCCUGUCAUGCCCCCCUCAGCCUGCCUGUCAUGCCCCCCAGCCUGCCUGUCAUGCCCCCAGCCUGCAUGUCAUGCCCCCUCAGCCUGCCUGUCAUGCCCCCUCAGCCUGCCUGUCAUGCCCCCUCAGCCUGCCUGUCAUGCCCCCCUCAGCCUGCCUGUCAUGCCCCCUCAGCCUGCCUGUCAUGCCCCCUCAGCCUGCCUGUCAUGCCCCCCAGCCUGCCUGUCAUGUCCCCUCAGCCUGCCUGUCAUGCCCCCCUCAGCCUGCCUGUCAUGCCCCCCUCAGCCUGCCUGUCAUGCCCCCCAGCCUGCCUGUCAUGCCCCCUCAGCCUGCCUGUCAUGCCCCCUCUGCCUGCCUGUCAUGCCCCCUCUGCCUGCCUGUCAUGCCCCCUCAGCCUGCCUGUCAUGCCCCCCCAGCCUGCCUGUCAUGCCCCCUCAGCCUGCCUGUCAUGCCCCCUCAGCCUGCCUGUCAUGCCCCCUCAGCCUGCCUGUCAUGCCCCCCUCAGCCUGCCUGUCAUGCCCCCCUCAGCCUGCCUGUCAUGCCCCCCUCAGCCUGCCUGUCAUGCCCCCCCAGCCUGCCUGUCAUGCCCCCUCAGCCUGCCUGUCAUGCCCCCUCAGCCUGCCUGUCAUGCCCCCUCAGCCUGCCUGUCAUGCCCCCCCAGCCUGCCUGUCAUGCCCCCUCAGCCUGCCUGUCAUGCCCCCUCUGCCUGCCUGUCAUGCCCCCCCUCUGCCUGCCUGUCAUGCCCCCUCAGCCUGCCUGUCAUGCCCCCUCUGCCUGCCUGUCAUGCCCCCUCAGCCUGCCUGUCAUGCCCCCCCAGCCUGCCUGUCAUGCCCCCUCAGCCUGCCUGUCAUGCCCCUCAGCCUGCCUGUCAUGCCCCCUCAGCCUGCCUGUCAUGCCCCCUCAGCCUGCCUGUCAUGCCCCCUCAGCCUGCCUGUCAUGCCCCCUCAGCCUGCCUGUCAUGCCCCCUCAGCCUGCCUGUCAUGCCCCCUCAGCCUGCCUGUCAUGCCCCCUCAGCCUGCCUGUCAUGCCCCCUCUGCCUGCCUGUCAUGCCCCCCUAG